AUGAUGGUCGCUCCCGAGAAAAAGGACAAGCUCAUUAUCUUUGAUACCUCCCUCAGAGACGGAGAACAGUCUCCAGGAGUCACUCUCUCUGCUGGUGAAAAGGUCGAGAUUGCACGAGCAUUGUCAAGAUUGGGUGUAGACGUUUGUGAAGCUGGUUUCCCUAUCGCUUCUCAAGGCGACUUUGAUGCCGUACAGCGCAUUGCCAGAGAAGUCGGCCCUCUCACCGUAGGACGCAAAUCUGGCCGUCCAAUGGUGAUUGCUGGAUUAGCUCGUGCAGUACCAGCCGACAUCCAAAGAGCAUACGAUGCUGUAAAAGAUGCUCCUCUACAUCGAGUACAUACCUUCUUGGCCACAUCAGACAUCCACCUUGAGCACAAGCUCCGCAUAAACCGUGAUGAAUGUGUCCAACGGGCUGUAGCUGCUGUCGCAUUCGCAAAGUCUUUGGGAUGCACGGAUAUCGAAUUCUCGCCUGAAGAUGCCGGCCGAUCAGACAGGACCUUCUUGUGUAAGGUAUUGGGUGAAGUCAUUCUUGCUGGAGCAACUACUUUGAAUAUCCCAGACACUGUUGGAUAUAAUACUCCUGAAGAAUAUGGAUCCAUGAUGAAGCAUUUGAUUGAAAACACUCCUGGUGGAAAGAAUGUAACUUGGUCAACUCACUGUCACGAUGACCUCGGUUUGGCUACUGCAAACACCUUGUCUGGUAUACAAAAUGGCGCCCGACAGGUCGAAGUCACUAUGAACGGUAUUGGUGAACGUGCUGGAAACACUGCAUUGGAAGAAAUAGUGAUGGCCAUAUAUUGUAAACCCCUCUUCUUCCCAGUAACAUCCGAUAUCGAUACCACCAUGAUCUACUCAACAUCCCAAUUGGUUACCAAACGAUCUGGUAUGGUAAUUCAGCCCAACAAGGCCAUUGUGGGUGCUAAUGCAUUCGCACACGAGUCGGGCAUUCACCAAGAUGGUAUGCUCAAGAACCGAUCUACCUAUGAAAUCAUGGAACCCGCCAUUUUGGGCAUUCCUUCAAACCAUUUGGUAUUGGGUAAACACUCUGGUCGUGCUGCAUUCAAAGUCAGGAUUGAGCAAGUACUUGGACAAGCUGUGUAUGCUGACAAGUUCAAGGAUGCUGCAGUUAUGGACGAGCUAUUCGCUCGCUUCAAGAAGCUGGCAGACACCAAAAAGCGUGGUGUCACCGACCAAGACUUGUAUGCGUUGUUGGAUGACAUGUCAAUGUCCAGCAUCAACCGUGAAACAUACAAGAUCAAAUCCGCCCAAGUCGUAUCAGGAUCAGGUGUAUUAGCCACAGCCACCGUUGCCAUCUUGGAUUACUCCAACAAUGCCACCACACCCGUCGAACGUAUGGACGCUGCCAUGGGUCACGGACCAGUCCAUGCCAUCUUUAGGUGCAUCAACCGUCUAACUGGCCAUAACAAUGUCUUGGCUUCAUAUGAAGUCAAGGCUGUAACAGAGGGCUCAGACUCCUUGGGUAAAGUCCUCGUCAGGAUUCAAGAAGGUGUCUCGGAAUCAACUGAUGAUAAACCACGCAUUCAUAACGAUGAAGGCCAAGAUGGAUCGUUUGCUUCUGACCAUGCUUCGAGAUUUGAAACUAGCUUCCAGGGUCAAGGAACUGAUGAAGAUAUCUUGAUUGCUAGUGCUAAAGCAUAUGUAAUGGCUAUAAACAAACUCGUUGAUUUCAAGGCUCGUAAAGCGCAAGAACCUGCUUCUGCUGAAGUUGGCAAGAAGAGGAAGGUGGAUGUUGUUGGUGGACAGGUGGAAGCUAUUCCAAAGUCUCGUAAAGUUGAUGUUUAA